GGCUGCCGCGCCAUGCCGCCAUCAGGCUACCUGUCCGAUAUUUAUCCGUCUGGCUUCGGGCGACCGAAGUUAAUUAUAUGUUGUUUGGUUUGAGGAAUGAGCUAGUCUAUCAUCUUCUCACUCCUCAUUUUUUUUUGUUUGGUUUGUAGAAUGGAAUGAGUUAAUCCAUCAUCACCUUAUUCCUUAUAGUUAGUUAGUUAGUACUAAUAUGAGGAAUGAGGUCAUCCCACCAAAUUUGGAGAAUGGACCCAUGAUGCACCGCCACAUUUUGGAUAGAGUGAUUUCUCAAACCAAACACCUCCUUAGUCACUCGCUCACCCCGAGCUCGACGACGACGACGGCGACAGCUUUGGCCGGAGCUAUACAUACUUACGGUCGAUCUGUUCUCGAUUCGUGCCUCGUAACAAGCAUCCUAAGGCGGCAAAGCAGCUAACGAACUACUGGUCCCCUUCUCGUUCCCAGGUGUCGCUGUUGGGCUGUUGCUAAAGGAACAAGAAUGGAGGCAGGGCCUCCCUGCGAGCCUGCGCCGACGGUGGCAAACGGCAGGGACUGGUCGGAGCUGUCCCUGGACGCGCUGGUGCUGGUCUUCGGCAGGCUUGGCCCUGUGGAGAUCCUCAUGGGCUCGGGCCUCGUGUGCCGCUCGUGGCUCCAGGCGGCCAAGGAGCCGGAGCUGUGGGCGUCCCUGGACAUGGCGAGCCACAGGGCGGUGGAGGAGAUGGGCGGCGACGUCCUGCGCGGAAUGGCCAGGGUGGCCGUGGGCCGCUCCAGGGGCCGGCUGGAGGUCUUCUCGGGGAAGCACUUCGUCACCGACGAUCUUCUCAACUACAUAUCGGGCAGGUCCGCGUGUCUGAGGAGCCUCAGCCUUGUGUCGUGCCCCGAGGUCACCAACAAAGGGUUCACCGACCUGGUCACGAACGCGCCCAAGCUGGAGGACCUCUCGCUGGAGCUCUGCCCGAACGUCGGCGGCCGCCACGUGCUGGAGUGCGCCGGCCGAGCCUGCCCGCGGCUGGCGCGCUUCCGCCUGCGCAGGGAGUGCUUCAGGUUCUCGCUCAACUACUCCCGGCGCACCGCGGAGGCGCUCGGGAUCGCGGCCAUGACCGGGCUGCGGAGCCUCACCCUCGUCAGCAGCAACAUCAGCAACGACGAGCUGGUGGCCGUCCUCGACGGCUGCCCGCGCCUGGAGUCCCUCUGCCUGCGGGACUGCUACAAGGUCAUCGCUGAUGGCUCCCUGCGGGCUAGGUGCGCCGGCAUCCGGGCCCUCACGCUUCCCGUCCCCGAUCGAGUUUGGUGAGUCCGGCCGGCCGGCCGUCUCAGGAAUUUCCACAACCACAUGGCCUGGGCCCCCAGUGCUGUAGGUAUCAGGAAGUUACACGUGCAACCUGAUGACUCAGCCACUCAGGCUCAGUUGUCUGUACUCAUAUUUAGGGUCUCUUUGUUUACCCCCGGAUUAUAUAAUCUGGAUUAAAUAA